ACCAACUGUUGUUACAACACAUCAAGAUGAUCAGAAUCAACCUUGUUUGGAUGUUAGUCAGUCAAAUCUUCCUGAUUCACACUGAAGAAGUUCCUUUGCAAAUUCCACUGACCGCAGCUCAACUCGGAGAGUCUGUAUCUCUUCCAUGUUUCUUCUCAGAGACAAUUGAUUAUUUCCAAUGGCUGUACUGGUUCAAGCAAACUGCUGGUCAAAUGCCCCAAGUUGUGGCAACUCUAGAAAAGAGAAAAUCAGCUGAUUUUGUUCUUAAUGGAGAGUUUAACGACAUACGUUUCACAAUGGAGAAAGUAAAAGUUGGAUAUCUUCUCAUCAUCAACAAUAUCAGCAGAUCAGAUGAGGCAGCAUACUUCUGUGGAAUAGGAUCAUUGUAUGAGAUGAAGUUUAGAAAUGGAACAUUUUUGGCUGUAAAAGGUGUCAGUCAGAAAAGGUCUGACUAUCAGACAGUGGAACAGCAGCCAGUGUCUGACCCAGUCCAUCCAGGACACUCUGUGACUCUACAGUGUACAGUACUCUCUGAGACCUGUACAGGAGAACACAGUGUGUACUGGUUCAGAGCCGGAUCAGGAGAAUCCCAUCCAGGAGUGAUUUACUCCCCUGGGAACAGGAGUGAUGAGUGUGAGAAGAGCCCUGAGACUCCCUCUCCUACACAGAGCUGUGUUUACAGCCUCUCCAAGAACAACCUCAGUCUCUCUGAUGCUGGGACUUACUACUGUGCUGUGGCCACAUGUGGGGAGAUCCUGUUUGGCAACGGAACAAACCUAAAUAUUGAAAGAUCGCUGGAACAUGUAGUCAUUGGACUGGGAGUGACAUCAGUUUUCUGUGUGUUUGUGAUCAUUAUCCUCGUCUUCACCAGAAAUACAAAGCCAAUUUGUGAACAUUAUAAAGUGAGUGUUGCACAGCAUAUUGGACAUGACAACACAACCACCGAACGUGAUCAGGAUAAAGAUGGAGUUAUGUUGAAUUAUGCUGCAUUGCAUUUCUCUGAGAGCAAAACUAAAAGAGGAAGAAAGAAGAGAGAGACACCACAGGAGAGUGUGUACUCUGAUGUCAGGCACUCAGACUGGGACUGAAUGUUGCUUAUGUGCAGAGGAAUGGAUGUAGUUUGGUCAAGAAACUCUUGCUAAUAUAGAUGUAUAUAAUGUAUUCAGACAGUCAUGACAUUUGAUACACUAUAAUAUAUCAUAGAAUAAGCUUGUUCUUCUAGGAGUGUUAUCUGUCAGAGCACCACUGUUGUGGAACGGCUUGUCCUGUGAGGUAGAGGGCCAGAAACCAUUGAGGUCUUUAAAUCAUGCAGGAAAAUGUAUCUUUUUAGCGUGGCCUUUAAUCUUAAUCUUAAUCUGUGAUUGUAUUGUUAUUUUAGACUUCUUUAGUGAUUCUAUGUUCUUCUCUUGUAUCAUAUCUCUUGUAUCUUAGCCUUUUGUUUAGACAUACUGUUUAACUGUGAGCCAACUCAGUGGCCUUGUGUUUAUUGUCCACCGUGAGAUUAGAAGGUUGAGGGUUCGAUCCCCGGUCCAGUCACUCCAAUUACUCUAAAAAUAGGAACGAAUGCCUCUCUACUUGGUACUCAGUAUAAAGGAGAUGGAUUGGGUUAAGUGUCCUAUCCAGGAGGUGUACUUGUACAUCAAGCUGCCUUCCACUAUUAAAUAUUUAACCUAUGAGCCGAUCUGGCUCGGACAAGGAUUACUUACUUAGCUAUUUUUCUACAGUACAUUUUGUUGCAAUUUAAAGGUAUUUCAAUUUUUUGUUGAUCAUCCCCCAUUUGAAGUAAUUUUUCUCUAUUUGCAAUAAUGCAUAAUUGUAUUAUGGUUCUAUUUUUUAUUGUUUUAAUAUAUUUGCCUAAAUGUAUGAUUGCUGUGGUAUUUACUGUAACCCAUGAAACAAACAAUAAGAUAGCAUGACUUCUUAAACAUUGUAUUUAAUGUAGGUUAAUUACGUUCUACAGUAUUUCUUGAGUUCCAACAGCAUGAUUAUAGCUAUAAUGUACCAGCAUGUACCAGUACGGCUGUGUAGAAUCAUCAAACCACUUUAUCAUUAAACAUUGUCUGAUUCAUCACAUUAUAUAAAAU